CGAUGUCUGCAGUCACAAAUGUCGACUCAGUUGAUCGCCAUCACCUGUCGUGUACCGCUCGGUGGGUGCCCGCGUUCUAUGUGGUCGCAGUGAGCACUGGCAAGAGUGCCGCGGAUCAUUGCGGAUACAGCGAACUCACGUCGCUGCUGCCGCAUGUUUGAGCAAGAUGUUCGCGGUAGCCUCACCAGCGAGGCUCGUGUAGCGCACCCUCACCUUCCAUAAAAGUCAAUGUCGGCGUUCUAGGUCGUCUUACACCACACCUAUCUUCCCACGUGUAGCUAUAUGCGCAUACAGCAUAUAAUCCUAGAGAGCGCAUAAUCAGUGACCUGCCAUUUUCGCAGGCGACACUUUACUUGCUACGACGCCCGUCGUUCUCUAAACUACCAUGAGGAUCUUUGCUCGACUUGUCCAAUUGGCCAUCGAGCUUAACAUAUUCUUCGGCCUUAACAAUGCCAUCCCGGCACUCUCACCGCCACCAGUGACGUCUUCUUUGCCGCCGCCACUUACGUCUAGACAACAACAAGUGUGCAAUGGCAACGCCGCCUUCUGCUCACGUCAAUACAGCAAUGUCAGUCUCAUUGGAACCCACGACUCCGCCUUCGUCGGCAACAUCAUCGACCCGCGCGUCAACCAGGACAGAGCCGUCACCGACCAGCUAAAUGCUGGCAUUCGCUUCUUGCAGGCACAGACGCAUAUGAAGCGUAGCGUGCUUGAGAUGUGUCAUACCUCCUGCGCGGAGCUUGAUGCGGGCAGUUUGCGGACCUAUCUGAGUACGGUCAAGACUUGGUUGGACGCCAAUCCGAACGAGGCUGUGACUAUGCUGUUGGUCAAUGGAGACAAUGUCGCCGCGAGCGUGUUCGAUGCCGUGUGCUCCGCCACUGGUUUGAGGGACUAUGCAUUCGUUCCGAGUACGUCACCAGCACAGUUACCCAUCGGAGACUGGCCGACGUAUGGCGAAAUGAUUGCCGCGGGAACGAGACUGGUGAUGUUUCUGGAUGCCCAAGCGAAUGAGACUGCGGUGCCUUACAUCCUCGACGAAUUCACUUACUUUUUCGAAACGCCAUACGACACGACAGACCCUGACUUCAACGAAUGUACACUCGACCGUCCUGCCGGCGGCAGUCCGAAUGGCCGCAUGUACAUUGUCAACCAUUUUCUCGACCAGUCCAUCUUCGGGAUACUAAUACCGGACGACGGUGCAGACUACACGACGAACGCGGCCAGCGGGACAGGAAGCAUUGGCGCCCAGGCAGAACUGUGCAAGAGCACGUACGGUCGGGCACCUAACUUUGUGUGAGUAGACAUGUUUGAUCGGGGCGACGUGUUUGCUGCACAGGAUGCCCUCAACAGAGUGUAAACAGCCUGUUAGCGAUGAUCCUUCAUCGUUACUUAUGUGCUG